AUGCCUCUCUUUCUCUCUCUCUCUCUCUUUCUCUCUCUCUCUCUCUCUCUCUCUCUCAUCUGCUUUUUGCUAUAUACACUAGUCCGACAUCGUCUUCACUAUUUUUCUCUGGACCUCAUCAUGUUACUUUUCCUUCUUCUUCUUCUCUCUCUCUCUCUCUCUCUCUCUCUCUCUCUCUCUCAUCGGGCGCGCUCUCUGUUUUCGUUCACACGUUUGUUUCUGUUUUCAAUAUUUUCUUCUCUUGUUUUUGUAUUUCUUCUUCGUUUUCGUCUUUUUUUUAAUAUUUUCUCCGUUUUCUUCUUCGCUUUUGUCAUUUAUUUGUUAAUUUUUUUUCUUCUUCGCUUUUGUCAUGUAUUUUUCAUUUUUCUCCUCUUUCUUCUUCGCUUUUGUUAUGUAUUUUUCAAUGUUUUCUACCCUUCUUCGCUAUUGACUUUUAUUUUUCAAUGUUUUUUCUUCUGUAGUCGUCUUCUUUCAUUUAUUUUACUUUUCUUCUAUUUUGUCUUCCUUUUUUUUUUUUACUUUAUCAUAUUCUACUCCCUUCUUCAGCCUUUGUUUUUUUCGCCAUUCCUUUCUCUUUCUUCAUUUCCAUUAUUUUCCGAAGUUCUUGCCUAUCCAAUACUUUUUCUCCUCCUCCUUCACCUCAUUUUCCUCGUCGUCAUGAAUUCGCUUCAGCAUCUCUCCUCCUUCCGCUAUUUUUCUGUAUACACUAGUCCCUCCAGCGCUAUCUUCUUCGCCAUUUUUCUUUGCACCUCAUCAUGUUCCCAUUCCUCCCUUUCUCUUUCGUGCGCUCCUUCUCUUAUCAAUGAACCAUUUUCAUCUCCGUCCCCGAAUCGUAAUCAUUAUUCAUCAUUCUUCUUUCGCUUUUCACACUGCAGCGGCAAAUACUCUCGCCCCCUCCAAAUCCCGAAGAAAGGCAUUCCGUAG